UACAGACGGCUGCGAGCGCACGCUUGUCAAGAAAUGGUGGCUGCCUGCGCAGCCGACAAGUUCAGAUCGAGGCGGUUUUUACUUCGCACUUCACUCAUUUUACUGACCCUCCUUUUAUUUUCAUGCGGUAUCUGUUACUUCCUAAUAUCGAACGCUGAGAAUGACCCGCUCCUCUACGGCCACUACCGAAGCGAUCACAGUCAUUACACGGGAGCACCAGGAAAUGUUUCUGAUCCGAUCAUCCUCUGGUGGACACCAUUCACUAAGCAAGCUGGUCAUACGAAGUCAUGUGGCAAAGACAGGUGCUUCUUCACGGAAGACCGGGCAUUUUUCAACCAUACGAACUUGCAAGCGGUGAUGUUUUAUGGAAGUGAGUUUGCAAUAGGGGACCUCCCUUUGCCAAGAAAAAAAACUCAUGAUUGGGCUCUGCUUCAUGAAGAAUCGCCAAAGAACAACUUCAUUUUCUGCAUGCCAAAUAUUCUUGGCUGGUUCAAUCAUACUUCGACAUUCCGAAGGAACUCUGACCUUCCCCUAACUCUGCAAUAUCUUAACUAUAUUGCUGACCUCACAAGCAAGGAGUUUUUUGUCGAGACGACCUCCAAGACAAGAGCUCAGACCAACCAGUCACUGAUUGCCUACGUUCAAUCGGAUUGCAACACACCAAUUGAACGUGAUGCUUUUGUCUCUGAACUAAUGAAUUACAUAAGCAUCGACUCUUACGGAAAGUGCAUCCACAACAAAGACCUUCCAAAGGAGCUGGUCAAUGCAAUGGAUGCUAUGGACAACAAAGCCUUUUGGCACCUUCUUGCAAACUACAAGUUUCACAUUUCCAUUGAAAACUAUGCCUGUGAGGACUACAUCACUGAGAAACUGUGGCGGCCACUAAUUGUUGGGUCAGUGCCUAUUUAUUUUGGGUCGCCAUCAGUUGUUGAUUGGUUACCUAAUUACGCUGAGAGCGCCAUUCUUGUUGCUAACUACAGUGGCCCUGAAAAACUGGCACAGGCAAUCAAGCAAAUAGAUGGUAAUAACAUGCUUUACGAAAGUUUUUUAAGUCACAAAAUACAUGGCAGGGUCACUAACAAGGCUCUUUUAAGUGCCAUGAAGAACCGUAGGUGGGGCGUGAAUGACCCUAAAAGACCGAGCUUUGUGGAAGAAUUUGAGUGCCUCGUUUGCUCAAGGAUUUGGAGUAGGCUUAAGAACCCAGGUACUGUGAGUUUCAUUGCCAAUGCUAGCCACUAUAGCUGUGACAUGCCUCAUGCCAUGCUAAGGAGACAGACUGCAAGUUUCUGGAAGGAUUUGUACAGGCAAGCCAAGACCGAGGCAAAGGUUCUUGAGGACCUACUUCUGGCAAACAUGGCCUUUGGUGAGCAGGAUGUUCAAAACAAGAUUCUGAGCUUACUACAGGCACGGACGUCACAUCUAAUGAAUUGAUCUUGUUGCAUUGAUACUUAGUGACACGUCAACAUACGUGCCAUGCAUUAAUAUAUUAACCUUAUAAAAGUGCAUUAGCUCACGCUUUCUCUCCGUACAUGUGUUAUUGGAAGGAGUGGCAAAACAAUGGGCACCGGUUGUUUAAGGAUAGAAGAUGAGCUGAGCUUUCAAGUGUAUACUUAGCAAAAAAAAAAUACUAAUAAUAAGACUGGCUUGUCUAGCACUUUUCUUUGCAGGCCUGAAGUUGAUUUGAGCUUCUCUGUUGCUCCGCAUUUCUUCCAUAUGGCGCGUGUGUAUUUUGUGCUUGUAUAUAGCUUCACACCACAAAAGGAGCUUUUGAAACCCUCUGUUUCAAAAUGGCAUCUUGUGUGACUCGAGUGCACACUUUCGAUCAUGCUGAAAGGAAAACAAACCUUGCUGACUUUUGAGAGUUCAGCUUGUACGACUGUGAUUUUUAACUGAUCCCAGACAACAGUGGUGAGCUCACUUGUCAGCAGUGAACCCCACGUCUAUUGCAGUGUAACAAAAUUAUUUUAAUAGUUUUCAUUUUUUAAUAGAUAACUUUACAUAAAAACUUUUUUUUUGUAAAAUUCACCUUUCUGACAUGUUCUCCAUAUUCUUGCUUGAUAUGGUUGCCAUGCUGUAUCAACUGCCUUUUUUUAAAAAAGCCAUCUUUUUGCAAGUUUUUUAAUGUCUUUUUUUUACAGUCCUUAAAGAGUAAGGCACCUAAUUAUAAAAAUUCAGUAAAUACCAUUAUGACUUUACAUUAUGUAUCAGCAUGGAUAGCCUUUUCACAGUUGUCACCAUGUAGCUGUGUGCUAUGGAACCUCCUCCUUAAUUAGUUACAUAUGCUUGUACUUAUUCAUGACUUUAUAAAGAAUGAUUGAUUUGUGUACAGCACUGGUCUCAAUAUUGUGAGCAUGCACUGCUUCUUAAGUAGUUGUUUCUUAUUCUUGCUGUUCAUCCAGCAGUGUCAGUGGUUUUAACAAAACGGUGACAGCCAAGCUUGUCUAUCACUGAUUGCCAUCUGUUUCUGUACACUAUCUGGUUCUAUGCAGUGGAUAAUCAAGACUUAGAAAAUGCUUAAAGACGCACUGAGUGCUUGUAUAAUUGCCAACCUAUUCCAGACUGCUAGAAAACUGUGCCAGCGACAUUGGAUGGCUCAUUACUAUUUUCCAACUGUGAUGAUUCCAUCACUGAGAACAUUUACCUUCUGUAGCUUGGGAAUCCACUGGGGAGUUUUAUGAACCUCCAAAAGUUGCCCUGGAUUUGGGGCCCGAUAUUGUCAUAAUAAUUUUAUUUGCCUUCUUUUUAUCGUCUUUCGUGUGAAGUUGCCAAACCAAGUGAUAGGUAGGGCAUGAUGGCAUCUGAGACAAGAUCAAGAGUGAAACAUCAAAAUGAAAUGUAUUGUUUUGAAAUAAAACCCUCAGCUGUUUUGUUUUCAUGAA